AUGCCCAGAGAUAUCAACGACCUUUGCAUUGACACCAUCCGUGUACUUUCUGCUGAUGUAGUAGCCAAAGCCAAGUCUGGUCACCCAGGUGCUCCUAUGGGUUGUGCUCCAAUGGCACACGCCUUGUUCAAGGACUUUAUCAAUGUAAACCCAAAGCAUUCUCACUGGCCUAACCGUGAUCGCUUCUUGCUGUCAAAUGGUCACGCCUGUGCUUUGCAGUAUAUUCUCCUUCACUUCCUCGGGUUUGACUUGACAAUGAAUGAUCUCAAGGACUUUCGUAUGGUCGGGAGUCGUACACCUGGUCAUCCUGAAAGAGGUCACACUGAUGGUGUAGAGGUUACAACUGGCCCUCUUGGUCAGGGUAUUGCCAAUGCCGUAGGUCUUGCUAUUGCAGAGACUCACAUGGCUGCCACCUACAACAAACCCAACUAUCCAAUCGUGGAUCACUUUACCUACGUAAUUCUUGGUGAUGGCUGUCUUCAAGAAGGUGUCCAGUCUGAAGCCUGUUCAUUGGCUGGUCAUCUUCAGUUGGGUAAACUUAUUGCACUGUAUGAUGAUAACCAGAUCACAAUCGAUGGUGAUACUGCUGUCUCUUUCACCGAAAAUGUCUUGCAGCGUUUCGAAAGCUAUGGCUGGCACACAUUGACUGUCACUGAUGGUGACCACAACAUCAACUCUAUCAAACAGGCUAUCGAAGAAGCCAAGAAAGUGACUGACAAGCCAACUCUCAUCAAGAUCAGAACCACAAUUGGUUUUGGAUCAGAGUUCCAGGGUGAAGAAAAGGUUCACGGAAGUCCAUUAUCUGCUGAUGAUAUUAUUCAGCUCAAGAAAAAGUUUGGAUUCAAUCCCGACGAAAAAUUCGUUGUUCCUCAAGAAGUCUAUGACUUUUACCACAACAUUGCCCACAGAGGAGCAAAGGCCCAGGAGCAGUGGAACUCGCUGUUUGACAAGUACGCGGACGAGUACCCCAAGGAGGCCCAGGACUUUAAGCGUCGCAUGGAAGGAAAGCUUCCCGAGGGCUGGAAGGAUGCCUUACCUCGCUACACUCCAGAGGAUUCCCCGAUGGCAACCCGCAAGUUGUCCGAGGCCUUGCUCAACAAGAUCGCGGACGUGAUUCCAGAACUCAUGGGUGGUUCUGCUGAUCUGACAGGAUCAAACAAUACCCGUUGGAAGACAGCCGUUGAUUUCCAAGCUCCUUCGACUCAGUUGGGUGAUUACUCUGGACGCUAUAUUCGUUACGGUGUUCGUGAACAUGGUAUGAAUGCCAUUAUGAAUGGUAUGGCUGCCUACCAAGGUAUCAUUCCAUUCGGAGGAACUUUCCUCAACUUCUUGACUUAUGGCUGGGGUGCAGCUCGCCUGAGCGCUUUGGCCAAGCUCCGUGUGAUCUACGUAAUGACCCACGACUCCAUUGGUCUCGGUGAAGACGGACCCACUCACCAGCCUAUCGAGACUCUUGCCUUGACCCGCGCCACCCCACAGAUGCUGACCUUCCGCCCAGCAGACGGUAACGAGGUCUCGGGCGCUUACCUGAUUGCCAUUGACCGCAACGACUACCCGUCCGUGAUUGCCCUGACUCGCCAGAACUUGCCUCAGCUCAAGGGAUCCUCUGUCGAGGCUGUCCAGAAAGGUGGAUACGUGCUUCAGUCUUCGGCUCCAAAGGGCACCAAGCCCGACGUGAUUGUGCUCGGUACCGGAUCAGAAGUACCCAUUGCCCUGGCAGCAACCGAACUCUUGCAGAAAAGGGGAAUCACGACUAGUCUGGUGUCCAUGCCAUGCACAGAGCUGUUUGAUGAGCAGCCGUUGGAGUACAGACAGUCGGUCCUGCUCAAGGGAGUUCCGGUAGUUUCGGUCGAAGCCUUGUCUACCUUUGGCUGGCAAAAGUAUUCGCAUGCUCAGGUUGGCAUGACCACCUUUGGUUCAUCUGGACCUUAUGAAGAAGUCUACAAGCACUUCAAGAUCACUCCAGAGCAUGUUGCCGAGGUUGCUGAGGAUGCUAUUAAAUACUUCAAGGGACAUGGUUUUGUUCCUGAAUUGUUCCCUCAGUUUGCCCCUUGUACAUAA